AUGGCACAAAGCAAUUGCACCCAAGUGACUGAGUUCAGCCUGGCAGGCUUCACAGAGGACCCGGUGACUCAGCUCAACUUGUUCCUGCUCUUCCUGUUCACCUACCUUGUCACCAUCGUGGGCAACCUGGGCAUCAUCAUCUUAAUCAGGGCCAGCCCCCACCUCCACUCCCCCAUGUAUUAUUUCCUGGGCAACCUGGCCUUUGUAGACCUCUGUUUCUCCAGCAUCAUCAGCCCCAAGAUGUUGGUUGACUUGAUGUCAGAGAAGAAGAGCAUUGCUUAUGCUGGCUGUGUGGCUUAGGUCUUCAUCUAUGAUAUCUUUGGGAUGACUGAGUACUUCCUGCUGGCUUCGAUGGCCUAUGACCGUUACGUGGCCAUUUGCCAUCCCCUGCUGUACCCCCUUGUCAUGUCCCCAAAGUGCUGUUUCCAGAUGGUGACUGGCUCGUACCUUGUGGGGCUGACCAAUGGCUUGGGACAGACCAUCAGCAUUUCCAAGGAACCCCUGUCCCCUGAUCCACACCUUUGCUUUCUAUUCCCCUGUUGGCAGCAAUAG